AUGCCGGUGCGUGCAUCUUUGUCAGGGGCUAGCCAGGAUUCAAUAACGUCAGUAUCAGAAGUUAAUGUUACUCGCGAUGUUCGAUCUUCUACUAGGUUAAACAUAGAUGCGGAACACGCUAGACCUAAUCAGAAUAUUCAAAGCUCUUCGGAAAAUAGCGAAGGUCUUGAUAAUCCAACACAUAGCUCUGCUCCAUCGCCGACAAAGCAGCUACAUAUCCAUGAUGCGAUCAUUGAAUCUGUCGCCACUGGUGGGUUCGGCACCUUCAUGGACAAUGUGUCUGAGCAAAACACGAAUAAUGAUGCUGUCCCACCCGGCACCGGAUCAUUGGUAAUUGGGUCGCAUAUAGAAAGCUGGGCCGGUCGUCAUUUCGUUGUAACCCAUUCGAGGAUAUGUCGAAAUGCCCUAGGACGGCCGGAGUGCUCCUCGAGAAGCCUCGGUCACAUGCCAGAGUUGGAUAAGUUAUGGGGCUGGCUUGGGCUCGACUUCGCAAGCCCCAAUCCGUUCGAACCCCUCGCAAGCUUACCGCUCCGCGAGAGUGUGCGGGAUAAGCUUGCUGCUAUCUCUCAGGCUCUCCUCCAAAAGGCCCUCAGAGUCCAUCAGCUUGACCCUGCCACGGCUGCUGCUAGUUACCCUUCCCCGUCUCCCGAUGGCAACUCCCGCGGGUUCCUUAUUCUCCCGCCCUCCGCGACUAUGGAACAUUUUCUUCGCGAAUAUAUGCGCAUCUUUGAGCCAUUUUAUCUUCUCGUUCCUGGAGGCGUUUUGGAUGCAAAUAUGCUGCUGAAUGGAUCUAAUGAUACGUCAUCUACUCUUCUUAUUCUGCUUAUGAUAGGACAGGGAGCUAUAUCAGAUCCUACAAAUGAGGCACGACGUCUGUCGGGUGGCUUAACGGAAAUCGUCCGAAACAGUAGAUUAUUCGAUGCUCAAGUUAGCCAUACGGAGUCCCUAGAACUUGACGAUGAUUCAAGGCACGUAGCCUGGCUUGAGCGAGAGAGACUAAUUAGGCUUACAUAUACAUGGGUCAUUCUUGACCUAGAACUCAGCCUGUUCCUCGAUAGCACCGCGCAUAUACAGAUAGCGGACCUUAACUUAGUCCUCCCUAGUCCUGCAGAACUCUAUCUAGCUUGUGAUACUGACUCAUGGAAGUGUGGAAUAAACGAUACACCGCUAAUACAGCCAUCUCUCCGUGUGCUAUUUCAGUGGUUCCUUACCGAUCAAGUUACAGGAGAUAGACGUCUUUGUCUAACACCCUCGGCGUUUAGACUAUUGCUCCAUCCCCUUUAUUCGCUUGUUAACAGUUUCCGCCAAGUCCUCAGUUGCUUUAGCGAGGGGCCGAACUCGCGCUUAUUCUCUCCGGUUACGAAAAGAUCUACCGAUGUUCGCAUGGAGGAAAUGCAGGUUCUUCUGCACCGCUGGUUUAGCUUGUAUUGUUCCCGUCUCCGUGAAAUCGAGCAGUCAGAUGUGUCUUUCAACCAAUUUCGGAGCCCAUUAAUGAUAGCAACUCUUAUCACUUAUCGUAUUAUCUAUCUUAACACAGUAACGGGCUUUACCGACAUCGAAAGCUUAGCUAGGAGGCGACUGAGCGACUCGAGACUUCAGCAGCUAUCUUCCACUCUUGUUGAACAGUAUAUCCAUUGUCCUGAUGAGGCUCUCUUACAUAUCGGUCAAAUCCUCUAUCUUCUUCGCUCACUUGAUAAGAAAGCCCGGCCACCGUGGUGGCCUGCUGCUCUUUACCGUGUCACGCUUACUCUAUGGGCGAUAAGUGUAUUCUGCGGAGCGCGGUGGAAACUUCUAUCAUCGACUCUUGUCCUAAUAGAUGUCGAAUCACGGGGCGACAACGAUGCGGUAUAUCGUCAUUUCCACUCCAGCGUAGGAGCAAGUAUCGCCGUAUCUAAUGCAGCAACAACUUCGGAUUCAUCUCCUAAUCACCAGGUUUGCAUUCCAGCAGUCACGGACCAAAGGGGUGGUGCCGAGCCGGUAGCAUUGGAUGAUCCCAUCCGAACACUGGAGACUUGUCUGUUAGCUUUCGGGGAUGGCAUUGCUACGAGAUUCUCGGAGGGAGUCCACACUAAGUUAAAACAGUUUUUGGUUAGUCGAUACAGCCUGAGAAACGGAUGA